AUGAGAAUGGCCAUCUUAAGGGCCGAAAAUCCAUUUUCUGAGUGCAUGACCCAGGAAAGGAGGAACUGGCACCAUAGAGUUCCUCCACCCCUCGCCGCCGCUGACCCUCUUCCUCGGGUCGUGGAGAGAGGUGGGGGCAGGGAGAAGUGGGCAGACGGACAGGGCUGGUGGGUAAGUUGUGAAAGUUGUGUGGAUUUACUCUUUGUGAGAGGAGCCAGAAUCUGUUCUGAGUGUGGCACUCCACUCAGAAAGAGCAACUUCAGGGUACAACUUUUUGAAGAUCCUACUGUUGAAAAGGAAGUUGAGAUUUGGAAAAAAGUGCUAAAGAUAUACAAUAAAAGAGAAGAAGACUUUCCUAGUUUGAGAGAAUAUAAUGAUUUCCUGGAGGAAGUGGAAGAAAUUGUUUUCAACUUGACCAACGAUGUGAAUUUGGAUAACACCAAAAAGAAAACAGAGAUAUACCAAAAGGAACACAAAGAUGUCAUUCAGAAAAACAAGUUUAAGCUGACUCGGGAACAGGAAGAGUUGGAAGAAGCUUUAGAGAUAGAAAGACAAGAAAAUGAACAAAGAAGUCUAUUUAUGCAAAAAAAAGAACAACUGCAGCAGAUUCUAAAAAGGAAGAAUAAGCAGGCAUUUUUAGAUGGACUGGAGAGUUCUGAUCUCCCUGUUGCUCUGCUUUUGGCUCAAAAUAAAGACAGAUCUACUCAAUUGGAAAUGCAGCUUGAGAAACCUAAACCUAUAAAACCAGUGACGUUUCCCACAGGCAUCAAAAUGAGUCAGCAUAUUUCAUUGGCACCUAUUCAAAAACUAGAAGAAACACUGUAUGAAUACCAACCACUGCAAAUAGAGACAUAUGGACCACACGUUCUUGAGUUUGAGAUGCUAGGAAGACUUGUGUAUUUAAAUCCUGUCAGAGCUGCCUCUCCACAGGACCUUGCUGGAGGCUAUACUUCUUCUCUUGCUUGUAUUCAGACGUUGACUUUUAGGGCUGGUUUGGGGGUUGUCAUAGAGCCCUUAGACCUGUUCUCAGUUUACUCCCUUGAGGCUUGA